AUGGAAGAAAGCAAACCCACCUGCACUCCCUCUUCUCCUUCUCAAAAACAAAAGCUAAAACUCAAAUACCCUUUUUGCUUGCCGUCCCCUUUUCGCAAAACCAAUUAUAAUCAUCACUCUUUACCUGCUUCCCCUCACGCUGACAAACCUUCAAGACUCCUCCGAACCUCCUCUUCUUCCUCCUCCUUCACUUCCACCUGGAUUAAGUCCCGUGCCCACGACAUUCCCGAUAUAAAGGAUAAGUGCAAGAAUUUCAUUUCUCGUAUUGGCCGAAAUGGAAACGCUAAUGGUCAAGCACACGGACAUGGACAUGGGCAUGGGCAUGGGCGCGGCCACCGCAGGCGUCACUCUAUGUCUGCCGAUUUCCACUAUGAUGCUAUGAGCUACGCCUUGAAUUUUGAUGAAGGCCACGAUGGAAGUCCUAAAAAUGAGUUUCCUUUGAGAAGUUUCUCGUCCAGAUUGCCCCAGUCCCCGAAGAGGGAGAUUGAGUGUAGUUGA